GGUGCGGAGCUUGCGCACUUCGGCUCAGCAGCCCCGGGCCCCCUCUAGCCCCGCCGCCGCUGCUGCUCCGGCCCAUGGGGAAAGUCAGCCGGGCCCCCCGGCUUUAAAAAGAAGAAAAGAUGUCCUUGUAUGAUGACCUGGGAGUGGAGACCAGUGAUUCAAAAACAGAAGGCUGGUCCAAAAAUUUCAAACUGCUACAGUCUCAGCUACAGGUCAAGAAGGCAGCUUUAACCCAAGCAAAGGUAAAGAGCCAGAGGACUAAACAAAGUACAGUCCUUGCUCCAGUGAUUGAUCUGAAACGAGGGAGCUCUUCAGAUGACCGGCAGAUUGUAGAUACCCCACCUCAUGUAGCAGCAGGCUUAAAGGAUCCUGUGCCUAGUGGAUUUUCUGCAGGAGAAGUUUUGAUUCCAUUAGCUGAUGAAUAUGAUCCCAUGUUCCCUAAUGAUUAUGAGAAGGUAGUAAAACGCCAAAGGGAGGAGCGCCAAAGACAGCGGGAGCUGGAAAGGCAAAAAGAGAUUGAAGAAAGAGAAAAGCGGCGUAAAGAUAGGCAUGAAGCUAGUGGGUUUUCAAGACGACCAGAUCCAGAUUCUGAUGAAGAUGAAGAUUAUGAGCGAGAAAGGAGGAAAAGAAGCAUGGGAGGUGCUGCCAUUGCACCACCAACUUCUCUCGUGGAAAAAGACAAAGAAUUACCCAGAGAUUUUCCAUUUGAAGAGGAGUCAAGACCUCGUUCACAGUCUUCCAAAGCUGCUAUUCCUCCCCCUGUGUAUGAUGAACAAGAGAGACCACGAUCUCCAACAGGGCCCAGUAAUUCCUUCCUUGCUAACAUGGGUGGUACCGUAGCUCAUAAAAUCAUGCAGAAGUAUGGCUUCCGAGAAGGCCAGGGCCUUGGAAAACAUGAGCAAGGACUGAGCACAGCAUUGUCCGUUGAAAAGACGAGUAAGCGAGGUGGCAAGAUCAUUGUUGGUGAUGCUACAGAGAAAGAUGCAUCCAAGAAAUCAGAUUCAAAUCCAUUAACCGAGAUUCUGAAGUGUCCUACAAAAGUGGUUCUACUAAGGAACAUGGUGGGUGCUGGAGAAGUAGAUGAAGAUCUAGAAGGUGAAACCAAGGAAGAGUGUGAAAAAUAUGGCAAAGUUGGAAAAUGUGUAAUUUUUGAAAUUCCUGGUGCUCCUGAUGAUGAAGCUGUACGAAUAUUUUUAGAGUUUGAAAGGGUUGAAUCAGCAAUUAAAGCUGUUGUUGAUCUGAAUGGGAGGUAUUUUGGUGGACGGGUAGUGAAAGCUUGUUUCUACAACUUGGAUAAAUUCAGAGUCUUGGAUCUGGCAGAGCAAGUCUGAUUUUAAGAACUCAGAGCACAAAUCACCUCUGGCAAUCCUUAGUAAGCCUUUAGGCUGAAAGCAAAGAGGAAAGAAGGCAAGCCUGCUUGACCAGUGGGUAUUGAGACUUUUGGGAAGGACUCCUAAAAUUCAUGUUGACUGACCCUUUUUUUUAUUUUGUGGUUUUUUUUACAUAGUAUAAAAUCCUUUAAAAAAAAAAAAAAGCUCUAUGCCUCUCUGAUUGUUUCUUUGUUUUUCACUACACCAUAGCUGUUUACAUUUAUUGAUAGGCCCUUAUGAUGAUUCUUGAAUGCAUCAGUGAUGUGAUAUUUCAUGAACUGUGGAAAAUCUUGAAGAUAUCAAAGGGCAGGGGGAGGAGGGCAAUCAUAACAUGUGUGAUCCUUCACUUCCUUAGUAAUGUGCUGGCUGUAAGAAAAAACAGCUACACAAACCCCGCAGUAAUCAUCUUGGCAGUCUCUGCCAGUGGUGAAUAUGUCUGCUCUUUUUGGAGCCAGUAAGACCUUUCUGUUAAUUUUUGGAAAACCUCUUUACAUUCAGAAGUAAAAGUGGAGAAUCAUGAAUAUAAGAGAAUGAGUUUGAAUGAAUCAUCUCUCUUCAAGCCAAGACAAAUAGGACUUGGGAAAGGUUUGGAUUGUGUGUUGAUACAGGACUUAGUAGACCUAGUCUCUUGUCUCCGAAGAUCUAAGUACAUCUCUGUGCAGAUAGAGAAAUGCAAAUUAGAGCAAACCCUACACCCUUGCUGACCAAAUUUUGUGCAAGAUUUGCUAUAGUGUUGAUUUUGCUUUAAUAAACAAGAUCCUUAAUUUAAGACAGAAUUCAUCCACUUUAGCUCGAGACAUUAGUGGAUUAAUGAUUCCACUAGCUUGAUGGAAGUAUUGAACUAUUUGAAUGCAAGGUUAGAUGUGGUCUGUAAAAGUUAAUAGGGCCAGAAAAAAAGAGAACUGAUAAAAUGGCCAGUACUGUAAGGUUCACUGUCAGAGUUGGGAGUGUAUCCAGUACAUAACUCGGUGCCUAUGUUCUGUCCUCUUGUUUGCCAGAAUGUUAAGUUGCAAACUACUCUUUUCCCAGAAGUGGCAGCAGUGGGACAGGUACCCAUGUUCUGUUUAUAAGUUGUUCUUCAAUGUGGAAGUGUAUUAUGAUGCUUAGGGGGUAAAAAAAAGGAAUCCCAAUAUUUAAUCUCUUGAUUAAUGCCCUAGACCUGAUUUGGAGGUUUGAGAACUAUUUUUUGCCUUUAAAAAAUUUCCAGAUGUUUUUAGUUCAUAUAAAUAAAACAGUAACAUUUCA